UUCCCAUUGUUCUUCUUCUUCCCUACCCAAAACUUUAGCAUGCCAGAAUUAAAAGCAAAGCUGCCAUGGUUGGGUCAGCUAAUGGCCGCUUUUGCUUUAGUUGUAUUUGUAUUUCCUGGUGCUUGCCUCGCCAGGCAUGUAAAUCAGGAUUGUGGGUCUGUUUCCUGUGGAAGAUUGAAUAUCAGUUACCCACUCCGAUUGAAAAACCAACCUCCUCACUGUGGUGACCGUAGGUAUGAACUUGAGUGUGAGAAAAAUAACCGCACCACUUUGGUUUUGAGAGAGGGGAAAUUCUCAGUGGAAGACAUCUCUUAUGAAAAUUAUACGAUGCGAGUGGUUGAUGGGGGGCUCGACAUGGAUGAUUGCAACUCCCUUCCUCUCACUUCCGUAUAUUAUUCUUAUUAUCCUCACUGUUGCACGAAACCUAUAGAGUCAGCUCUCUAUAUUCCAGCAUCUCGUUGUAGGAUCAACUCCAAUGCCUCUUCCUAUUUCUACUUUUUAGACGGAGGAACUCCGCUGUCUGAUUUCAGUCAAUCCUGCACCUUGAAAGCGGAGGUUCCAAUUGGGGUUUAUAGUAUCUCGGGCAUGUCUACGUUGGAUAUCUACAAUAAGCUAUCUCAAGGUGUUCUUCUUACAUGGAUGACGGAGUCCUACUUGAAGGAGUAUUGCACAUACACCAGCAACAAAGUUUCAUUUCAAGACGUGUUACAUACUUGCAAGCCUUCCCACAAGCCUUGCUAUAUGCCUUGGAAAACUAUGUGGAGCUUCGUGCAUUACUUGUUCAAUGGCCCCAUAUACUCCCAUAUAUCUAUCCAAACCACCUUGCUCGCGUUUUAUGUGUUGGAGUAACAGUUGGACUCAUCAUGCUGAGGACCCUGCUCGGAAUACUUUUUGGUUGUGCUUGUUAUCUACAAGUGGAGAAGAAG